AUGGGGCCGCCUCGUCCCCUGCUCUCCUCGGCCUCGGCGGCGCGCGCGAACUUGGCGCUCCGCCAUGACGGCACGGGCGGCGGCGGGAUCUCGGCGGCCGUCACCACCAACCCCUCUGGCCUAAGCGCGAUGCCUUCCCACGCCACCGCACCCUGCAACGGGCUCCGCCCUCAUCUGCUCUUCGCGCCGCAGCUGCUGGCCACACCGCGCACCACCGCAGCUGCUGGCCCCCGCGCCGACGCCGCUCGCCGCGCUCCGCAUGCUCGCGGAUCGCCCCUGGCCCACGCGCCAUCGAUUCGGAGAAGGCUCGCACCGGCGCCAUCGAUUCGCGGCGCUGACAAUUCUGAGAAGGGUCGCACUCGCCACUCGCCGCGCUCCGCAUGCUCGUGGCUCGCCCCAGACCCGCACGCCGCCCACCUGCGCCGAUGCCGCGGCACGGAGGCAGUCGACGAAGGCCGCUGCGAGCGCCGCGGUGGAGAUGCCGAAGGCGAGGAGCGCGCGGAGGGGGUGGUGCUGCGGACGGCGGUGGAGGAGAGGCGCCUGGUGCGGAAGGACUCAGUUUUUGGAAACCUCACGAACAUGCGCGAACUGAAUUUGAGAGAGAAUGAUUUCAACAGAGACCUCCCAAAGACUUUGCUUAUACUUCCUCAAAUUAAGAUCCUAGAUCUCUCAUGGAAUUCAUUAGUAGGAGGUAUUCCAACUAGUUCGUCUUCAGAUAAAGAACCGGCUUCACUGGAAAAAUGUCACAUGAUCUUCACAUUUUUAACAGCAUUUCGAUACCUCAGAAACAUACGGGAACUGGAUUUGAGUUCAAAUCAAUUUAGCGGGAACCUUUCGGCAUUCUUGUUUUCACUUCCACAUAUUGAACGGUUGGAUCUCUCAGGAAACUGGUUUUUAGGACCUAUCCCUUUAAGUCCCUCUUCAAAUCUUUCUUCGUCUCUCAAGAGUCUUCGCUUUUCUCAGAAUAAUUUGAGCGGCAAACUAUCAUUCUAUUGGCUGCGUAACCUCACUAAACUCGAAGAGGUUGACCUGUCUGGGAACACUAAUUUAGCUGUUCAUGUAAAUAUCCCUGGAUGGGUACCUCCAUUCCAACUGAAACGGCUAGCACUCUCUGGUUGUGAUCUUGAUAGAGCCAUUAUCGAAGAACCACACUUUCUACCCACGCAGAUUUAUUUGGAGGAGCUUGAUUUGUCCAACAAUAACUUGUCAGGAAGCAUGCCAAACUGGCUGUUUACAAAGGAAGCAACUCUGGUUAACCUAGACCUUGGCUACAACUCGUUAACUGGAUCGCUAGAUCCAAUAGGGCACCCCCAAACUGCUCUGCAAUAUAUGUCCAUAUCUAACAACCAUAUAACAGGGCAGUUACCCAUGGGCUUUGGCUCAAUGUUUCCAUGCUUGUCCACUCUUGAUUUUCGUCACAAUAACUUCUAUGGACACAUACCAAUGUCAUUGUGCCACAUCAACCGCAUGCGACUUCUGGACCUGUCUAACAACAAUUUUUCUGGUGAACUGCCCGCUUGUGUGUUCACUGAUUUUCCGGACAUGCGGAUCUUCAGUAUCUCAAACACCCAGCUUGAAGGAACGCUGCCUCGUCUUUUAUCAGGAAGCUUAUUAAUCAUAAGUUUGCAUGAUAACAAGCUGUCUGGCGAACUUGACACUUCAUUUUGGAAUCUUUCUAGAUUAGCAGUCUUAAAUCUUUCUGGAAACCGUAUGACUAGUAACAUUCAUCCAAAGAUUUGCAACUUGACAAGCAUUGAGAUUCUGGAUCUUUCAGAUAACAACUUCAGCGGGCCAAUACCAAAAUGUAGCAGUACAUAUCUAAGUUCACUUAACCUGGCGGGGAAUUCCUUUUCAGGAGAUAUCUCUCGUGGUCUUUUCAGCACACCAAACCUUAUCAUACUGGAUAUGAGAUACAAUAAGUUGACUGGUAACCUCAGCUGGUUAGAAGAUCUUGAUAGCAUCACUGUACUCUCCUUGGGUUGGAAUGAGUUUGAAGGGCAGGUCACUCCCAACUUUUCUCUAUAUUCAUUAGAGUUAGUAAUCUCAGCUGGUUAG